GGGGGACGGGAGGACAAGGACGCCGCCAAAUAGUAUUGGAUCGCGGCCUGCCGACGGCUAUUCCUUGCCUUGCCUUGCCUUCCUUCCUUCCAUUCACCUUCAUUUACACACUAAAUCAAACCAUGGAGGCUUGAGCUGUCGGGGACUAGUUUGAAUUUCGUCCUCACUGUGCUUUGACACGGAGACGGAGCCGCGGAGCGAAGGACGUCUUUCGGUGGGAUUGAUCCAUUUUGGACUGGAUAACUCCAAGACAGUCGAAAUGAAGCGGGUAGCUGUGGUUACCAGGCACAAUGGCCUGGUAGCUCCGCUUGGUAACAACAACUCUGGAGCUACAAGCAUCAUUUCGCUAGCCCAAAGGAGAGCCGUUCAUAUCGUCGCCCCUUCGAGCGACCGAUGUAGCAGUGAAGGCAAGGAGCGUUUGUUAAAUACGACGAACAGGAGCGCCGCCGUCAAAUCGGAGCUGGUUUGCAAGUGGACGGGCCGAAUUUCCUCCAGACAGAGGUUUGAGCGGACGGCUCCGUUUGUCUGCAACCAAACUUUUAGCUCCAUGCACGACCUGGUAGACCACGUCACCGCCGAGCACGUCGCAUCAGGGCUCGACACCCUCAGUCACGUCUGCAUGUGGAGCGAAUGUGUACGCGAGGGCAAGGCGUUUAAAGCCAAAUAUAAACUUAUCAACCAUAUCCGUGUGCACACCGGGGAGAAGCCCUUCUUGUGUGCCUUCCCCAACUGCGGCAAGAUGUUUGCACGAUCCGAGAACCUCAAGAUCCACACUCGCACGCACACUGGUGAGAAACCAUUCCAGUGCGAGUUUUGCGAACGACGCUUUGCCAACAGCAGUGACCGCAAGAAGCACUCCCAAGUUCACAGUUCUUCAAAACCCUACGACUGUAAAGCUUUGGGCUGCACCAAGUCCUAUACGCAUCCGAGCUCUUUGCGCAAGCACAUGAAAGUCCACAUCAAAUCGUCACCUACCUCUGAACCCUUUGACCUGUACGACUCCAUCCGUCAACAGGCGCCGCCUCAGCCUUUCCUUGAACCGCUUGACCUUAAAAUGAACCAUCUGUCACCAAACAAUAAAAAGGCACGUUUUGACUUUGAUAACACCACAGGCAACAAAGUAAGCCACAGGCUACAGGCAAGUUCAUCUCAAUUGGCAAUGCCGUUGGACUUAUCUCUUUCGGGACUGAAGAGUGACCUUGCCGUGCAGCAGCAGACUCACAGGAGCCCAGCAAGGAGCCAUCUGCCAGUCAACCCAGCCAUACCUAAAUUUCCAAACAUGAAGGAGUGGUACGUGUGUACCAGAACUACAGCAUCCAGCUUUACUCUCCCUCACCCAGAGGACAUCAAAUCGGAACCAAGCGAUGAGGAGGAUUAUGUCACGUAAAAUGGUGGCGGCGUUUUGUCGUGGAAUUGCGCCCUUUGUUUUAGGAAGCUGCGGUGCGUUGAGGUGCUUUGACAUUGGCGCUGCCUGCCCCACACCCAAACGGACUUGCUUGGCCCCAGCCAGACGUUCUGUUUUCCAGCGUCACCCAGGUGUUUCAUCUGGGGCCGAGCCGGGCCGUGUUGCCGCUGUCAUCUGACAGCGAUGCGAGCGACCUCGGCCGACACGCCCGUUUACUGGUUUUAGAUGAGCCGCCCGCUAGCUGUCGCCAUCAAAAUACAGUAUAUACAAUGAGCAUAGUACAGUAUUUGACAAAAAAGCUGAACUAUAGUUACAAUUUUAUACGUGCUCAUUUUGAUGAUGGUAAAAAAAAAAAGGCCAAAAAAGUGGUGAGCGGGCACACUAACACUGGCUCACCGUGUCUCAUUCACUUGAAUGCGAGGUGGAGGGAAGGGCACAGCAGAGCAGAGCAGAGGCUCGCUGUUCACAGAUGAUGAUGCCGGAGGGCUUCAGACCGGCGCCGCAGAGUGACCAUCGUUGACGGAGAAGCUGCCACCGACGAGUUGAGCUCUCCGUUCAGACUGGAUGAGUACUGAAGGCGAAGUUGCACAAUUGGGAUCAUCCUGCCACGCACCUGUUGAAAUGGAACCGCAAAGGAGGCUGUGUGGAGUGCUGGGCUGGGCUGGGCUGGGCUGGGCUGACUACUGAAUUCCUCAAGAUGCCACACGCUAGACUUUUUUUCCCAUCAGAAAUAUGAACUACACUGCUAUGCACAUUUAAAUUGUAUGAUAAAAAUGCUCACCUGAAGUUAGGUUUUGUAUCAUUAUUGGUGUUUGAUGAUGUCAACACUUUUUCUGGAUUAUCACGAAUAUUUGAAUGGAUGAUUACAAGUGCAGGCUGGACCUGGACCGUACAGUUUGGUCCAAAAGUCUUUGCAGUCCCUUUUUUUUUCUCUCGCUUGACCUUUAUACAACAAUACAAAUUGACUGAAAACAUUCCAAAUGUUAUUGACGACUUAGAGAUUGAAGAUGUUUGGCAAAAACCAACUCUGCAACAGUCUCCUAAUCCUAACAAUUCCUUAGGCGUCAACAGACCUCGUUUACUUACCGAGCGAGCAUACGUGUGCCGAUCGCCAACGAUAUCUUGCUCCUUGAAUUUGUCAGCGUUCCAGCUUCCGACCGUGCGUACGCAAGAAUAAUGAAGGAC